GUCUAUCAGGAAGAAGUGAAAUCUGCAAACAGAGUUUAUUGAAGGACAGAGAGAGAACAUGAGUGAUCCAGAAUCCUGCAGAGUUAAACUGGAAGAUAUUGAGGAUGGAGAGAACAAGAGUGAUCCAGAACCCUGCAGAAUUAAACAGGAAGAGACUGAAGAACAAACAGACCUUAAACAGAACAAAGGCGAUAAACUUGAUAAUACUGAAGGUAUUAUUUCAAUGCAAAGUGGAGACAAGAAUUGUUUUACCUGCAGUCAGUGCGGAAAGAGUUUGAGAUGCAAAAAGAGUCUUAAGAUUCACAUGAUGAUCCACACUGGAGAGAAACCAUUCACAUGUACUCAGUGCGCGAAGAGUUUCAGAGCAUUACCAAACCUUAAACUACACAUGAUGAUUCACACCGGAGAGAAGCCUUUCACCUGUACUCAAUGUGGGAAGAGUUUUGUACGAUCAUCAAACCUUAAUCAACACAUGAAGAUCCACACUGGAGAGAAGCAAUUCACAUGUACUCAGUGUGGGAAGAGUUUCGGACAGUCCUCAGACCUUCGUAAGCACAUGAUGAUUCACACUGGAGAGAAACCGUUCGCAUGUUCUCAGUGUGGGAGGAGUUUCAUACAACUUUCAACUCUUAAUCUACACAUGAGGAUCCAUGCUGGAGAGAAAACGCACAAAUGUGAUCAAUGCAGUUAUACGUUUUAUAGGGCUUCAGAGCUGAAGGUCCAUCUGAGAGUUCACACAAAGGAGAAACCGUAUUCCUGUUCUGAGUGUGGAAAGAGUUUUACAGUGAUGUCAAAUUUAAAAACGCAUCAGAAGAUCCACACUGGUGUAAAAGAGUAUAUGUGCUUUGAGUGUGGGAAGACUUUCGUUACAGAAGUAGGUUUGAAACGGCAUCAGAUGAAUCACACUGGAGAGAAACCUUACAAGUGUUCAGACUGCGACAAGAGAUUCAGUCUGUUAGGAACCUUGAACAUACAUAAGAAGAUUCACACUGGAGAGAAACCGUUUAAGUGUUCACACUGUGACAAGAGAUUCACACUGUUAGGAGGCAUGAAAAGACACGAAAGUAUUCACACUAGAGAGAAACACAUGUGAUCAUUGUCUGAAGAGUUUCACACAUUUGGUGAAUCUUAAGAAACGCAUGAGAAUCCACACUGGAGAAAAGCAGCACAUGGGACAUCAAUGCAGCAAAACAGUUUCUCAUCUGAAACAAGUGUUUAAUGUGUGAACUUCAGAAAAUACAGGUGUGAGAGAGUGAGUGUGGAAAGUCUCCAUUUUGUUUUGUGAAUUUUGUUUUACCAAUAAAUUUUCUU